CUGCUGCAGCCACGUGGGAGGCAGGGGCGGGGCGGCAGUUCCUGCAUCUAUAACAGCUCCCCGUCCCCCCGCACUCAGGGUGGCCAGCCUCGAUGUGCUGGGGUCCUGGGGACAGGGCUCCUGAGGCGAGGGCAGCGAAGACAGCCAGGAGCAGGCCUGGCCGAUGGGGCAGACACGGAGGGCUCAGGCCUGAGCAGAGAGUGACAGCAGGUCUGCUCGGGACCUGGGCCGCGGAGAGCUCCGGGGCCUCCAGGGACCAGAGCCAGGAGGCUGACGCCCUUCCUCAAGGACCAGCGCCACGUCCAGGGGCAGGGAUGAACCAGACUCCGAACAGCAGCUGGAACGCAGAGCCGGGGCUCAGCGGCUCCAGGGGCCGCGCACUGCGGGAGGUCUACCUGGCUGCGAGUGCCCUGGCCAUGUUCGCCUGCGUGUGCGGGGCGGCAGGCAACAGCGUCGUGGUCUGGCUGCUGAGCGCCGGCCCGCGCAGGACCCCCUUCUGCGUCUACAUGCUCAACCUGGCGGCGGCCGACCUCCUCUUCCUCCUCUGCAUGGCCUCCGAGCUGAGCCUGGAGACCCCCGCCCUGGCCGACAGGUUCGCCGAGGCCUACGAGGCAGUGAGCCGCGUCAAGUACUUCGCCUACACCACCAGCCUGAGCCUGCUCACGGCCAUCAGCACCCAGCGCUGCCUGGCCGUCCUCUUCCCCGUCUGGUACAAGAGCCGCCGCCCGCGGCACCUGUCCACGGCCGUGAGCGCCCUGCUCUGGGCGCUGUUCCUGCUCAUGAACCUGCUGGCCUCCGCCUUCUGCAGCAAAUUCUGGCAGCACAGUAAAAGCCAGUGCUUCACGAUUGACGUGGUCUUGAGCACCCUCAUCAUGGGGGUCUUCACGCCCGUGAUGACCGUGUCCGGACUCACCCUCUACAUCCGGGUGCGCAGGAGCGCGCUGCUGCGGCGCCGGAAGCCCCGGCGGCUGCUGCUGGUCAUCCUGGCCUCGGUCCUCGUGUUCCUGGUCUGCUCCCUGCCCCUCGGCCUCUACUGGUUCGUCCUGUAUUGGCUGCCGCUGCCGCCUGAGGCCGAGCUCCUGUGCAUCUGCCUGGCGCGCCUCUCCUCCGCCGUAGGCAGCAGCGCCAACCCCGUCAUCUACUUCCUGGUGGGCAGCCAGAGGACCCGGAGGCUGGCCGAGCCCCUGCAGGCCGUGCUGGGCCGGGCGCUGCAAGAGGAGCCAGAGCUGGAGGGGAGGGAGACGCCGUCCACCGGGACCAACUCGGGGCUCUGA